AGCAGCCAUUGGUGGCACUACCUUACACAACUCUCGUACUGUGUUUCCCAGCUGUUUCAAAAUGUCUCCUACUUGGGAUCGUGCGCUCUUAUCUGACGGUGUGUGAGCUGUGUUUACUGUGAAUUGAAACGAGUUGAUGGUUUUUGAACAUGGGAUACGACGUUGAUUGGAUAAUUCCGAAGUUGAGGAAGCCUUCAGUGCUUUGGAACUUAGCCAGCUCUAUCACUUGUGCUGCAGUAGGAAUAUUCAGCAAAAUUCUCCUGGAAUGGUUGAAUACUACCCAAGUUUACAACAAAGAUAUUGUCACAACAAAUAUUGAUAAAAGGCCAAAAAAUGUUCCACUUCUUACCGUCUCCAAUCACCACUCUUGCUUUGAUGAUCCAGGAUUGUGGGGUAUAUGUUUCAAAAACAUUUACUCAUGUGUACACAGAGUUUUAGAUAUAAGACAACAUCUUAAUCGCCAAAAAACUCGUUGGUCAUUGGCAGCUCAUGAUAUAUGUUUCACCAAUGUAUUUCAUUCAUAUUUUUUUAUGUUGGGCAAGUGUGUACCAGUGAUUAGAGGCAAAGGAGUAUACCAGAAAGCCUUGGACUUUUGUCUGGAAAGGUUAAGCAAAGGAGAAUGGGUGCACAUUUUCCCAGAAGGAAGGGUCAACAUGACAAAAGAAUUUAUAAGAUUCAAAUGGGGUGUUGGAAGACUUGUGUAUGAAUCCCCUAUUCUGCCUAUUAUUAUUCCCAUGUGGCAUAUAGGCAUGGACAAAGUUCUGCCCAAUGAACCACCCUAUGUAUUAAAAAUGCGUAACAAAGUUACUUUGAACUAUGGGAAACCUAUAGACCUUAGUGAAUUAGUAAAUUCUUUGAAAAUGAAGAAUGUGUCUGCACAAGAAGCUAGGAAAACAAUUACUGACAAGAUUCAAGAUGAGUUGAUGAUCUUGAAGGCGGAGACAGAGAAGCUUCAUUUACUUACCUUGCGUUCCUGAUAUAGGGCCAAUCUGAGGUAUCGUAAGAAACUUCAGAGCCACAACCCUAAUAAAAAGUGAGAGAAAUGCUGUAUCAGCGAUCGGGUGUAAUUAUACUUCCUCUUGUUACUUGUAUUUGUUACUGAUCUACAAAGAACAAUUAAUAUAUUUUAGGUGACGAUGUGAUUCAAUUGUUGAAACUGAAAAUUUUCUAUCAGAAUACAACUAAGAAAUGUAAGUAUUGUAAUCUGGUUUUGUGUCAAGAAAACUGCUUGGAAGCAGCAGCAUGACCAGAUCUUCCAAUUAGACUGGGAAAAAACGUUUCUGCUUUUAUAUUUCAUAACUAUUGUGCAAUAUAUUCGGUAAUUUUAGAAUUUUAUUGUCAGUAUCAAAUAUUUUUCUUAAUCAUUAUGACAAGGUCAUUAUGACUUUACAUGUACUUGUUAGAAUUUCUAGAUUUUUUGUGAGUAUUUAUGGUUAACAUUCUCCCAAUAAGGCAAGCUUUUUACAGCUUUAAAAUCUUGCCAAUGAUUUUUUUCUAUCAUGUUCACAUGUAAACUAGUAAACCCUCUGCAUUUAUCCUUGCAAUAAAUCUCACAAUGAUGCAUAUAGUUUUGACACUGUAUGGAAAAUAUUUGUGUCUGAAAAAAUGCCUGGAUUAGUGUACGUGAAUCUGCUUUAAAUUUUCACACAGAAGUUCAACUUCUGUGUUUCCAAAAAUAUAAGUUACACGUUCGGGAUGGCCUCGUUUAGAUGGCUCUGUUUGUUGUUGUUGCUAGUCAUUGAGAUAAAAUGUUGUUCCUUCUAUAACUAAAAAUUUUCAGCAUUUUGAAAAUGUAUUAUUUAUCAGAUAUGUAAUUCACUCCUCUGAAUAAUUAAGUGACUGUAUGUUUCAUUUAGAAUCUGAUACUAUAACUCUAGCCUGACGUUCUACAAAAAAUAUCAUUGGUUGCAAAAUAGUUUAGCCAUAUUUCCUAGGUGAAAUAUGUUGAUAAGCUAAUCACCUGUUAUCAUAGUAGUGCAUCUUUAGAAUGCCAGUUGAAGGAAGUAACCAUAUUCCAAAAGUUUGAUUGUCUUUUAAUGACUAAAUCAAGCUGAAUGACUUAAUUAAGAGAUAUGAUUGUGCACUAGCCUUCAGUAAAUUUGAAUGAGUGUUUGUUUUGAUUAGAAGGUUUAUUUGCUCUUCUACAUUUCCUUUUUUCAUUAAACCGAAUGUAACCCAUUAUUCUAAACGCAGUAUUACAAUUUAUUGUUGAUUUAAGAUUUAUCUUCCAACCCAAGCAGAGAUCAAUGCCUAAAUAAAGGUUGUGACAAGACAGUGGAAAUCAUUUUGUCUGUAAUAAAGAUCUAUGUUGCACAAUGUUCAUUGUAAAAUAUUUUUGUAUAUUUUUUUCGUUUUUUGUUUUUGUAAUAGAAAUUUGAUUUCCAAUUGCCCUUGGCAACUUCAAGUAAAUAAUUUCAUUCCAUUUUUCAUUCAGUUCUAUCUUUUUCAAGUAGAAGCUUUGAAAGUGUGUUAAUAUUUUCUGAAGUACAAAACCAAAAAAUUAACACCUUAAAUUUUCUUGUUCAGAUGUGGUGUAUUAAGUGUCGAAUUUUUGUUUGUUUGUAUUAUAAAUUUCUUUAAUUAUGUUGUUAUCUACCUUUCUAGAUUUCUAAUGUAUUUUUACCUUCAAUUGCAAUUUGUGUUGAAUAAGGGUUGUUUGUUAUUGUAAAUUUUUCUUAUAUAAAAAAAAUUGAGUUGAAUCAAAUGGUUCAGAAAUUGUAGUUGAUGGGUAAUGUCACUUUCACAAAUAGCAUGUGCUGAGAUUGGAGUAGGUAUCUCAGUUCAUCAAUAAAGUUUUAUAUUAUACAAAAAUAUUUGCCUUUUCCUUCAUUCUGCAUUCAUUUAAUUUGUUCCAUAGAUGCAAAACUACCAGUUGAGUCGAACAAAUUCUGACACGGAAGAAAAUAAAAUUCUUCAAUAAAUGUGUGACCUAGAUGUUAAUCCAAAUACUUGUGAAUUCAGAAGGAAACUAUACUUGCACUACUGUCGAUUUAUUGAUCAUAACAUUUUUUUCAGUGUAUCUCAUUUUCUAAUUAAUGGUGUGACUGAUUCAUAUUAAAAUAACCAAAAUCUCCCAAGUGAAAAUAAAACACAAGAAAAUAAAUUUAAAAUGCAAUUAACUGUUUAGUAGUGUUAGUAAAGUAUUUUAUUUUUAUCUCCAGGCUUUUGUUUUCAAAUAAUUUU